AGGACGCGCCAGUUCGAGAAAAAGCGCGUCUGAGACUUAACAUAUAACGAUUUGCGACCUGUUUUCGCUGUAGUGUGCAUCGAAAGCGGACCGAAGAUGAAGGCAAUCGCACUUGCUCUAGUUUUCGUCUUUGCGGUGAUCGCCGCGACCAACGCCUUCCCGAGGACACCUUCUGAUACAGAAUUGGUUUUUGUGCCUCUUGAAUCGAGGGCUGGUGUAACGGAGAGUGUGGAAGAUGUUGAUGACUCUAGUGAUGAUGAUGAUGAUUUCAUCUUCCCAUUUGGAGGCUUCUUUGGAUUCUCUACCUUCAUGCAAGAUUUCAUGAGGAGAAUCACUAAUGUUCUGAAGGGCCUUCCAGACGGAGCAUUCAAUUUUGGCAAGGAGGGUAACACCACAUCAACCACUAAGGUUGUUGGAGGUCAUGUCAUUACUGUCAACGAGACUGUUUACAAAAAUGAUGAUGACACAGGAGUCUACAAAAUUCAGGUGAUUGAAGUAAAGCCAACAGAAGGGGCUAUUGAUUCAGAGCAGAACCCAACUGAAACAUCUGAUUCUGCCUCACCUGAGCAAGUCAGUGAAAAUGACAAUGAAAUCCCUAAGGGAAAGACUGAAGACGUAGCCGAGAGAUUUGACAGAAGCUACUCUGAGAACACAGAACUACUUGAGUCUCCUGAAUAUUAUUCUUCUGUUUUUUAUGACAACUUGGACAAUACCAUAGAUGCUGGAAGAUAUGUCGAUCUCAGUCGCGAUACUUAUGUCAACGCAGUGCUCAGUGAUCAAGCAGUAAAAGGUGGAAUGGUCAUGAUUGACCCUGAUGCAGAAUUAAUUGAUGUCAACACUGGCGAAGUAAUAGAUUUCUCAGGCUUACAGAACACCAUCAACGAAAAAUUCAAAUGACAAAGCAGAUUAGUGUUGACUAUCACCAAAGAUUAUUCAUGACAAUAAUUUGUGGCAUAACAUCUGACAGAAAGGACUGUUAAUGCAACUUGCCAUGAGGACUGAGAAUGCUACAUGUCUCUUGCCAAGAUGUGAAGAAGAAGAUUGAAAUUAAUUUAUUUAUUGAAUCCAUGCAACGUAACUCAGGAUAAAUGUUUUGUACAAAGUGAGUGUGUUUUGUUGUAUGUGUGUGCGAGUGUGUAAUACAAUUUUUUGAAAUACAAUUAUUUAUGUGUAUGUAUGUGAAAAGAGAAAAAAGUUUGUUAAUUUUUUAAAUUAUUGUAAUUAAAUUUUUAAUUGGAAA